AGCAAUGUGAGUUCCGACCUGCAAUGUGCGACCGCGUAGGACUGCAAGCAAUGUGAGUUCCGACCUGCAAUAUUAUAAGCGACCAUCCCAUAACCCACGCACCGCCCGAUUACGAAUACAGUGCCACUUUGCGUGCGUCUGUGUUGCAUAGUCUGGUACCUGCUGUCCGUUUUGUCCGUCAUGCGAUCAACAAAGUCAGUCAAAUUUUAAUGUUUUUGAGUUCCAGGAAUAAUCUUUUGCACAGAAAGGCGUUUACUCUUGGCGACCUGCUGGUGACAAAGCAGCCACGUAAAAUUUGUCUCGAGGUCGGCACUGGAGCGACAUCCCUCAAAUUUGACCUUUACGAGGCAACAGCCAGUGAGAGAAAAUCCGACCUGCAGAGCGCCCUCUUUUGGCUGGCAGACACAUCGGCGGAGACGACCAAGAAAUUAGAAAAAUGCGAGGACGAAUUGAACACAAUGAAGAAGACAAGAGGAGGCGCUGGAGGUGGACCCAUCUUACCAGACAUUGAUAACAAGAAGAGGUCAGGUCAGGUUAAAGUUCAGAAACAGCAAGGUCAUAGCAUAGUCAACCCCAGCAGCAAACGGCGAAAGGCUGCCCAAGGUGUCCAGUUUGACUGAGGAUGAGAUUCACACCACAUUUAUAAACAAGAUGAAAACCCUGUACGAGAAGAUUAUGGUUGAGAUUUGCGAGUGAGUUGGCUGGUUUGGUUCUCAACUUUAUACUGACUUAGAAUAAAGCACACAAGAUAAAAAAGGAGUAGGUCCCACAAUUCAAGCGUAGUCCCACAUACAUUGCAGGAAAAUUAAAGCACCACUGAGUGACGGUUAUGCGCGCUAUAUAAGAAGCCACUACUAUUAUUAAGAAGAUUAGGCCCAAGAUGUUGAGAGUUGGUCGACACCUUACCCAUGUAGUUCCCAACUCCCACGAUGACUUAGAAAACAAACAGGAAAAAAAGUAAUACAUUGUAGAGUAACAAAAGAUUAUGCAGUAUCUGAAGUGAGUUGGCCGUUUUCAUUUGCAACUCCAUGCUCCUGACUUGGCCAAUUUGGAUACAAAAAAUGCCACAAUAAUACAGUAGUCAGAAACUUGGAAACUAAAGUGCCUUUGGGA